AUGGCACAUCUAUAUUCUGAAAACGAACACACGCACUUAUUAGGAUGGGACGACCCAGUGCCCGCCUCCAUCGCUACCAAAUGGAAAAGGUUUCGUUUCAAUCUGGAGGACAUCAGCAAAAUCCGAAUACCUCGCAGCCUACGGUAUACGCCAGAUUUCAGUCAGGAUAUCCAGUUACACGCUUUCUGCGACGGGUCCACUCACGCAUACGCAGCUGCGGUUUACAUACGCAUACCCCAACCGGAUUCAUCAUUUUGCACCACUCUCCUCACUGCAAAAUCCAAAGUUUCUCCAACGAAACCGCUCACUAUCCCGAGGACCGAAUUAUGUGGCGCUGUACUGGCAACUAAACUAAUCAAGUGGGUAAUAGCGACCAAUCGUUGGAAAAACGCUAAAAUCACAGUGACAUACUGGACGGACGCCACAAUCGUUCUCCACUGGAUCAAAGGAGAUGUCACCAGAUGGAAGACGUUCGUCGCCAAUCGUGUUGCCUACAUUUUGGACCACAGCGAUCCGCACCAAUGGAGACAUGUUCCCACAACGGAUAAUCCAGCAGACAGCGCUACGAGAGGACUCUCCCCAUCAGAAAUCUCCACCUUCGACCUCUGGUGGCGCGGACCAUCAUGGUUAAGUCAACUUCCCAGUGAGUGGCCUGACACAGAAGUACCAAAUACAAAGUUUGAUGAGCAGUCCCUAGAAGCAAAACCCAUACGAGUCCAUUCGCACCCGACCCAGGUAGACUGUAAUAUCAUUGAUCGUUUUUCAACGUACACCAAACUCGUCCGAGUCAUCGCUUACAUACUGCGCUUUUGUCACAACGCUCAAUCGAAGAAAACCAGAUAUUACAAUCAGCUGUCAACGGUGGAACUUGAUAACGCACUUCGCUGCGUUGUAAAAAUCGUACAAGCCGAAACCUUUCAAUCCGACAUCCACGGGAUCCUCAUAAAAAAUCAUUUGCCCUCCAAAAGCAUCUUAAGGAAUCUUACUCCCUUUCUUGACGACGGCAUCUUGCGCGUUCGCGGUCGUCUCAAGCAUUCUAGUCUUCCUUUCGAUCGCAAGCAUCCAAUCAUCUUACCGCAGCGUCAUUUCUUUACAGAAUUGGUAAUUCAGAACUCACAUCAGGCUACCCUGCAUGGUGGCGCUAGUCUCACUCUGGCCCACACAAGGUACAAAUUCUGGAUUCCAAAUGGAAGAAAGGCCGUCCGGACCAUCCUUCGGAAAUGCAUCACAUGCUUUCGCGUGUCACCUCACAUAGGAAGUCAAUUAAUGGGUGACCUGCCGAUACACAGGGGAUACAUCGCGAUUUUCGUCUGCCUGGCUACGAAGGCGGUCCACCUGGAAGCAGUUACCGGACUCUCAUCGGAACACUUCCUACUCACAUUUUAUCGUUUUACUGGUCGCCGAGGACCAGUCCAACACAUGUAUAGCGACAACGGAACAAAUUUCGUUGGCGCCAAUAAGUUAUUAACAAACGCACAACAAGCUGAUCGCGACCAAGCUACCUGCCCGACAUGGCAUUUCACUCCACCAUACUCCCCCAAUUUCGGAGGCCUUUGGGAGGCCAGUGUCAAGUCCGUCAAGCAUCACCUAAAGAGGAUCGUCGGCAAUCACAAGCAAACUUAUGAGGAACUCGCAACGGUGCUCAUCAGGAUUGAAGCUUGCCUAAACUCUCGCCCACUGUGCCCGCUUACCGCCGAUCCAGACGACUUAGAAGCCCUUACACCGGCACAUUUUCUCAUCGGCGACACACUGCUCGCACCUGCCCAUUGUCGCCCACAAAACGCGUCGUUCCGUGAACAAUUUCUAUCUCAUCAAAAUUUGAUCCGUCAGUUUUGGACACAAUGGAGCCGAGAUUGGCUGUCCCAUCUUCAAACCCGCCCAAAAUGGUGUCAGGAAAAGGACAAUUUAGAGAUCAACGAAUUAGUACUUAUCAAAGACGAUCAACUGCCUCCAUCACAUUGGACGCUCGGUAGAAUCACCAGUCUACAUCCUGGAGAGGAUUCCCUCGUUCGAGUCGUAACGCACCUACGAAUCCAAAGGAACUCUAGAUCCAGAAGCCUGAACCAAAAGUAUCAUGCUGAUUUCGCAUUGGCGGGCGGCAUGUUCAGUCCCACGGUACAUAGUUUAUCCACACAGCUGAUAGCCCUGCCAACUGACUACGAAGGUCAAGACAUCUGGCAACUCUACAGUACGAGAAGGAGGGGAGAGAGGAGGAACACGAGCUUCAGCGACCAGACCAACAGCAUUCUUGUCUUUUCCAUUGCGAAAUAUUAA